AUGGCUCUUGAGGCUGUGAACUCUGCACCCGCGGGGGCGGCGCCGCCCCUCAGUAAAACCCGCCGUUUCGAGUCGUGGAAGAAAUCGGGAGCCAGAAGCUCCAAGCGGCAGCGGAUGAUUCAACCUGAAGAUGAGUAUUUGGCCGUCUGCCUCGUCAUGCUCGCCAGAAGCGGCGCCGCUCCUUACCAAUCACCCCCCGCCGCCUGUCACUCCACCGGAGAUACCAAACAGGCUGAUGGCAACACAUCUCCCGCUCAAAUAAUCACCGCCGCCGCCGCCACCAGCGAAAUCAACAAAUAUGAUGGUAAUAACCCUGUCUCUCCCAUAACCACCACCACCGCCGCCGCCGCUAGUAACUCCACCGGAGAAACCACACACAAAGGUAACCCUGUCGUCGUUCCCGAAAUCGCCAUCCCCGCCGCCGCCGCCGCCGCCUCACCUGCAGCCAAUUCGUACAAGUGCAGUGUGUGCGAUAAAGCUUUCGCUUCAUACCAGGCGCUCGGCGGCCACAAAGCAAGCCACCGCGCGAAGCCCCCUACCGCCGCCGCAAUCAGCUCAGACGACAGAUCCCCCUACACCGCCAUCCCCGCCGCCGCCGCCUCAAAUCCCACCUCCGCCCUCAACCCUAGUGGUAGGCUUCACGAGUGCACCAUCUGCCACAAAUCCUUCACCUCAGGUCAGGCUUUGGGCGGCCAUAAGCGGAAGCACUAUGAAGGCGUAAUCGGCAGCGGUGCCGCUAAGAGCCGGACCACUUCUUCCAACGGCGGCGCCACCAGUGAUCAGAUGACCGCCGCCGCCGUGAUCCGGGAUUUCGACUUGAACGUGGCGCCGCCUCCAGAAUUGAUGUGUGAUGAAGAGGCCGAAAGUGCUCUGCCGCCUUUAUUCGAAUGAACUAUUUCACUAUCUUUUUUUAAUUACAUAUCUUUAAUAAUAAUAUUUUUCAGGAGAAUUAU